AUGGAGAACCACAGCCUCACGGCAGUGACUGAGUUCAUCCUGAUGGGCAUCACUGACCGCCCUGAGCUUCAGGCCCCAUUAUUCGGACUGUUCCUCCUAAUCUAUCUGGUCUCACUGGUGGGCAAUGUGGGCCUGAUUAUCCUCACCAUGGUGGAUUCCAGGCUGCAAACACCCAUGUACUUCUUUCUCAGACACCUCGCUGCUACAGAUAUUGGGUAUUCAACAGCCGUGGGACCCAAAAUGUUAACAAAUUUUAUUGUUGAUCAAAAUAGAAUAUCCCUUAACCUUUGUGCUACACAGUUAGCCAUCUUUCUUCUGUUCAUUGCUUGUGAACUUUUUAUACUGUCUGCAAUGUCCUAUGACCACUAUGUAGCCAUCUGCAAGCCUUUGCUUUAUAUGGUCAUCAUGUCAAAAAGAGUAUGUUGGAUGCUCGUGGCAAUCCCUUAUCUUUACUGUACAAUUGUGGCUCUUCAAAUUACAAUUAAGAUUUUCACGUUCUCCUUCUGUGGAUCCAACGUCAUCAGUCACUUCUAUUGUGACAGUCUCCCUUUGUUAUCUUUGGUCUGCUCAAACACACAAGAAAUUGAAGUGGUAAUGUUGUUCUUAUCAGCUUUUAAUUUGAUUUUUUCUCUUUUAGUUGUUCUUGUGUCCUAUCUGCUCAUCCUAAUGGCCAUUCUCAGGAUGAACUCUGCUGAGGGCAGACACAAGGCUUUCUCCACCUGUGGGUCCCACCUAACAGUAGUCACUGUUUUCUAUGGGACGCUGAUAUUUAUGUAUGUUCAACCCAAAUCUAGGCACUCCUUUGACACUGAUAAAGUGGCUUCAAUCUUUUACACAUUGAUUAUCCCCAUGUUGAAUCCCUUGAUCUACAGCUUAAGGAACAAAGAUGUAAAAGCUGUCCUUUAUAGGACAGGGAAAAGACUACAGAGUGCUUUCUUUUGA